CUAUACCUUGGAAGUUGGGCCGCCUUUGGCUUUUGUCCGGGUAGUCCUGGGUAGAGAAAACUUUGCCGUGUCACGAAGCGGGAAAACACAGUCAAAACAUUCGAAGACUCGAAAGAAUCCCUCUGGCUUGCGUGGUUAUAUCUGCUUCAAGCGAUACCCCGUCGUCUUCAACGGUGUCAUCCAGGCCUGUUACUUCACCAUGAGUGACGAAGAACAAGAUGAUGAAAAAUUGAUUCCAAAGUGCAAAGCUCAGUCUAAUGACCUUGUAGUAGUUGUCUUGCGCUCCUACUAUCCUGAGCUGACAGAUGACCCGGAAGAACCUGAAGCAGCCUCUACUGCACCUGACUUGUCUGCCCAGCUGCUUGCCAAGCGUGGGAAAAAGUUCAUCGUCCUUGGGCCUGUGGGAUGGUGGUUGUACGUGAAGUCAGUUGACACAGGGGAAACUGGAUAUAUACCAAGUCUACAUGUUGCACCACUGACUGGAGACCUGAGUUGUGACGAUGAGCAAGAACUAAACCGUGGAGGGGAAUUGUCACCUGCCAUGGUGAACCGCAAUGUGGAUCUAAAGUUCUUCCCCUUGGCUCCACAAGAAAAGGAUAUCCUGAACAGAAAACCCUGUCCAGAGGAUACAGCCAACUUUUUCUCGAGGAUGACUUUCUGGUGGAUUAACUGGCUUAUAUGGACUGGAUACAAAAGGCCAUUGGUAGAUGAAGACCUUUGGGCUCUCCGUAAGAACAUGAAGUCAACACAUGUUGUACCUAUUCUUGAGGAAAAGUGGGAAAAGGAGAAGAAAAAGUUUGAAUGCAAAUGCUGUGGUCGUGUUGAUUGUACAUGCAAGAAAUGCCACAAAAUUGAAUGUGAGCAGAAAGAAACUGAACCAACCAAAGAAGAACUAAAUGAAAAUGAAGGGAAGCAAGAUGAAGAGAAGAAGGACGAAGAAAAAGUAGAAUUCGUGCCAAAAGAAAAGAAAGAAGAGGAGAAGGGGAAGAAGAAGGAAGAAGACGAGCCAGCCGUAAACAUGCCAUCAUUGAUGAAGGUCCUUUUUCUUAUUUUCUGGCCACAGUUUCUUCUUGCUGCUUUCUUCAAGCUUAUUCAAGAUUCAAUGUCAUUUGUUCAACCCACUAUUCUAAGACUCAUGAUCUCAUUUGUUGAGGGGAACAGUCCUUCGUGGGAAGGGUACAUGUACGCCCUCAUCAUGUUUGCCGCUGCAGCAUUCCAGUCCAUACUUUUGCAUGCUUACUUUCACAUUGUGAUCUCCGCUGGUAUUAAGAUCAAGACAGCACUGACGGGACUGAUAUACUCCAAGGCCUUACGUCUGAAUAGUGUCUCUCGCAACAAAUCCACUGCUGGAGACAUGGUAAAUCUUAUGUCGGUUGAUGCCCAACGUGUUCUUGACAUGUGCACCUACAUCAACCUUUUGUGGAGUGGGCCCCUGCAGAUUGUUGUAGCUUUAUACUUCCUGUAUGACACCAUGGGGUGGUCUAUUGUGGCUGGCGUCGUGGUCAUGGUUCUUCUGAUCCCCUUUAAUCUGGUUGUGACCAGAUUUUCCAGGAAAUUACAGUUAAAACAAAUGGCGAACAAGGAUUCCAGAAUUAGAAUAAUGAAUGAGAUCUUAAAUGGAAUGAAGGUGCUCAAGUUGUAUGCUUGGGAGGAGUCGUUUAUGGCCAAAGUGACGGGAAUAAGGAAUCAAGAACUACACCAUCUCAAGAAUGCCAUGUAUCUGAACGCCUUCUUUGGGUUCACUUUCACAUGUGCACCAUUCCUGGUGUCUCUGGCUACGUUUGCCAUCUACGUCCUCACCGGGAACAUUCUGACCGCCAAUAAUGCGUUCGUGGCGAUCUCCUUGUUCAACAUCCUACGCUUUCCGCUCACCGUACUACCUAACGUCAUCAUCAGCUACGUUCAGGCGCAAGUUUCACUGAAGCGUUUAACGAAGUUCCUAACUCUGGACGAACUCGAUGAAACAAACGUUCAUAAGAAGAUGCCGUCACAUAUUUCUAACCAAGCGAUUCAUGUGGACGAUGGAAGCUUCUCGUGGGAUGUCACUGGGCAGCCAACGUUGCACAACAUCAACCUGAAUAUCCCCGAUGGUUCCCUGGUGGCGGUGGUGGGACAGGUCGGGUGUGGCAAGUCCACCCUGCUCUCCGCGCUCCUCGGUGAGACAGAGAAGGUCACUGGGGAAGUUUAUGUCAAGGGCUCAGUCGCAUAUGUCCCCCAGCAGGCUUGGAUCCAGAAUGCCACCCUCCGGGAUAAUGUGAUAUUUGGGAGGAAUUUUGACUCCCGCCGCUACCAUAAGACGAUUAAGGUGUGCGCGCUGGAGACGGAUUUUGACAUCCUGCCGGCUGGCGACAUGACAGAAAUUGGAGAAAGGGGCAUCAAUCUUAGUGGUGGUCAGAAGCAGCGUGUGAAUCUGGCCCGUGCUGUCUAUUUCAAUGCUGACGUGUACCUGCUAGAUGACCCACUCAGCGCUGUCGACUCACAUGUCGGCAAGCACAUCUUCGACAAGGUCAUAGGACCGAGGGGGAAGCUCAGAAAGAAGACUCGUGUUCUUGUGACUCAUGGAAUCAGCUUUCUGCCACAAGUGGACCAGAUAGUGGUACUACAAGAUGGCAGGGUGUCCGAGGUUGGAACCUACAAGGAGCUGCUUGCUAACAGAGGAGCUUUUGCUGAAUUCCUCAAGACCUUCGCCCCCGAGGAAAAGAGCGGCGAUGCAGCACUAAAGGUGUUACGCGAGGUCCCAGAGGACGAGGAAGACAUCUUGGUAAGACUUCAAGCGAUUGGUGACGAGGAUGAGAUGUUCAUGGAACCGGAACCGCAGCCAAUCAGGAGGCGAGGCCGCGCUAACAGUGUGGUAACCAUAGGGACCACUAUAACGAGUGAUACCGCUGACACGGACUGCAUGACCAUAAUGGAGGAGGACCGCGAAGUUGAUCACAUGAUCGGAGAGGAGAAAGCGGCCACCGGAAGCGUGAAAUGGGUGGUAUUCUGGACGUAUGCCAAGUCUAUCGGAGUUUUCAUUGCAUCAAUUGUUAUCCUCUUCAUGAUCUUGUCAGAGGGCGCUCUUGUCGGCUCUCGGAUCUGGCUCGCCGCUUGGAGUGCCGAUAACGACACGUCCGACGCCACGCGGGACAUGUACCUUGGAGGCUACGCAGCCUUCGGUUUCUUCCAGGCGUUCUUCGUGCUAGUGUCUUCCAUCUGCCUCGCAUUUGGUUCUGUCCGAGCGUCCCGAUCAAUUCACGAUAGUUUAUUGAUUGCCAUAUUUCACGCACCCAUGUCGUUCUUCGAGACCACGCCGCUAGGCCGUGUCGUGAACAGAUUUUCGAAGGAUCUGUACGUGGUGGAUGAUACAGUUCCUCGCUCAACCAGCGGCUUCCUCCGCACCGCCCUUAGCGCUAUUGGCACCCUGUUCGCCAUUACUUACGCCACGCCUCUUUUUCUGUCUGUCAUCAUCCCCCUGGGGAUCGUCUACGUACUAAUCCAGCGUCUGUACGUGGCCUCGUCACGGCAACUUAAGCGUAUCGAAUCUGUGAGUAAGUCACCCAUUUAUAACAACUUCUUCGAGACGAUCAGCGGCACAAGUACCAUUCGCGCGUACCAUCAACAACAGCGCUUUAUCCGCGGGAACUACUACAAAGUGGACGAGAAUCAGCUCGCUUACUACCCGCUAGUGGUCUCUAACAGAUGGCUUGGGCUGAGGCUGGAGUUUGUUGGGAAUCUCAUUAUAUUUUUUGCCGCGCUUUUUGCGGUGGUUGGUCGCGACUCCAUUGAAAGUGCCCUGGUCGGCAUGUCCAUCACAUAUGCUCUGCAGAUUACCCAGACGUUGAAUAUGAUGGUUCGCCAAACAAGUGAACUGGAGACAAACAUAGUGUCUGUGGAGCGAACUAAGGAGUAUGCUGAUAUGGAAACCGAGGCUGAGUGGGUCGUUGAAGAUAGCCGUCCGCCUAAGGGGUGGCCGGACAAAGGCAGGAUACAGAUUGAAGACUUUGACCUGCGUUACCGCGCGAAUCUCCCACUUGUGCUAAAGAAUAUCUCCGUGGACAUCCAACCCGGCGAAAAGAUUGGUAUCGUGGGCCGAACCGGGGCGGGCAAGUCGACCUUGACCUUGGCACUGUUCAGGAUUCUGGAGAGUGCAGGCGGCAGAAUAGUUGUGGAUGAUUUGGACAUCUCCAGAAUGGGUCUGCAGGAUCUCCGCUCAAGCCUUACCAUUAUCCCACAGGACCCCGUCCUGUUCUCCGGGACCCUGCGGUUCAACUUGGACCCUUUUGAUGCGUACUCGGAUGAAGACCUGUGGGAGGUACUAGAGGUUAGCCAUCUCAAGGCUUUUGCGUCAGGUCUGCCCGAGGGACUUCUGCACCCAAUCGCAGAGGGAGGAGAAAACCUCAGUGUUGGACAGCGUCAGCUGGUGUGCCUGGCUCGCGCUCUGCUCAGGAAAAGUAAAGUCCUGGUGUUGGAUGAGGCUACCGCUGCUGUGGAUUUGGAGACGGAUGAGCUGAUUCAAAACACCAUCAGAACAGAGUUCGCAGAAAGGACCGUGUUCACCAUCGCGCACAGACUCAACACCAUCAUGGAUUAUUCAAGGAUUCUUGUUUUGGAUAAGGGCUUCAUGAUGGAGUUCGACAGCCCACAAAACCUGAUUGCCCAGAGAGGAAUCUUCUACGGAAUGGCACAGGACGCCGGACUCGCCUGAGUGUAUCCUCUCCGGUACUCACCUAUUGUCAUAAUCGUGCCGUUUUAAACACCAAUAUUAUCAUCACGUAUGUCCUAAACCUGCCCAAAUUACCUUUUUUAUGUGCCGCUCCAAUCCUUUCAAAAUGAUUCAUGUUAUUUCCCAGUCUGGUACACUGUGCUGUAGUUGAAGCUGCAAAGAUAGGGCUGGUAUUUUCCAGAGAAUAGCUCAAAACAUGUUCUAAUCAUACGUACAUGAAGGUGUGUAUAAUUGUUUUACUUUAUAUCCAAUCUAGGAGAGUUUAACCCUUGCAUGCAAGUGUUCUAUAUUAUUAUCUAUAUCAUUUUCCUUAUUCCAGAAUAAUUCUCUAGGCGUAUAUGACUUAAAAUUUUCUGAUAUUUUUGUCUUCCAAAUAUAUUUUUAGUCCCUUUCGUUGCACGGAAAUCACGAGCAUUUUUAUAUUUAGCGCUUGUAAUUAAGGAUGUAUAAUGUUUCUAAUAAAAAAAAAACAAAACUGUAA